UGUAAGACCUUCCUUCCACUGGGACCACAACCCUGUUGCCUGUCUCCACCCAUGAUACGCGUGAUGUGGUGACAUGAAAGCCGACGCUGAAGCCUAAGGCUGCUUCCUUCUGCUCCAGUCACCCCGUGCCCUGGCUGCCACCUCCCUCCGCUGGCCUCUGUGUGUCUCCAGCCGUCCCUCCGGCCACCAGGGCUCAGUGGGAUCGAUCCACAGCGCUCCGUGACCCACCCAGCAGGAGCAGUGGAGGCGGCACCCCAGGCCUAUGCCGCUGCUCCCUCAGCUUUCCUUCGCCCUCUACGUGGCAGCCUUUGGGCUGGGCUUCCCGCUCAAUGUCCUGGCCAUCCGGGGCGCAGCAGCCCAGGCCCGGCUUCGCCUCACACCCAGCCUGGUCUACGCCUUGCACCUGUGUUGCUCCGACCUCCUGCUGACAAUCUCCUUGCCCCUGAAGGCCAUGGAGGCCCUGGCCUUGGGUACCUGGCCUCUGCCGGUCUCCAUCUGCCCGGCCUUUGCCCUGCUCCACUUCGCUCCACUCUACGCAGGUGGUGGUUUCUUAGCCGCCUUAAGCGCCGGCCGCUACCUGGGCGCGGCCUUCCCCCUGGGCUACCAGGCCUUCCGGAGGCCACGCUACUCCUGGGGCGUGUGUGCGGCCAUCUGGGCCCUUGUGCUCUGUCACCUUGGGCUGGUCUUUGCCCUGGAGGCUCCUGGAGGCUGGCUGGACAACAGCACCAGCUCCCUGGGAAUCAACACCCCUGUCAACGGCUCCCCGGUCUGCAUGGAAGCCUGGGACCCAGCGUCCGCCGGCCCCGCCCGACUCAGCCUCUCUCUCCUGCUCUUCUUCCUGCCCUUGGCCAUCACAGCCUUCUGCUAUGUAGGCUGCCUCCGGGCUCUGGCCCACUCAGGUCUGAGUCACAGGCGGAAGCUGAGAGCAGCCUGGGUGGCCAGUGGGGCACUGCUCACUCUGCUACUCUGCUUGGGACCUUACAACGCCUCCAAUGUGGCCGGCUUCCUGAAGCCCAACAUGGGAGGCCCUUGGCGAAAGUUGGGGCUCAUCACGGGAGCCUGGAGUGUGGUCCUCAAUCCAUUGGUGACCGGCUACCUGGGAAGGGGUCCUGGCCGGGGGACAGUGUGUCUGGCCAGGGGCCAAGGAGGAACAUCCCAGAAGUAGCAGCCCCUAUCAGGGGCAGUGUACAUCGAGUGGGAGAGACUGAUUGCUUCCCCAGACUC